AUACCGGGAGCAUUUUGGUUCAGGGCGACGGAAGUCGUAUGUGCAUUGGUAUUUUUGUACAUGUUUUGCGCAUGCACUGCGGUGGGCUGUGAGGGCAGACGUUAAUGUGUGCGCGCAGGUGGUGACCUAGACUUCCGUACAUGACUUCCUUCGGGGACCUCCUGUCAUGGAGCUCAAUGAGAAGAGCCAGGAUGGUUUUAGCCCAUGUUUGGGUCUCUCCACACACCAGGCCCUCUCACGCUUGCAGGAGGAGAUGUCAUCCGUUUUGGAAGCCCACCAAAGAAAUAGAAAAACGGCUGUGCUAUUGAAGGACUGGAGACGAAGCUUCUUGUACCAUGGGAACCGCUCGUCCUGCUUCCAUUGGCCAGGGGCCACACUUAUGUUUCUCGCAACCCUAAUCCUGUUUUGUUGCUAUGGCAGUCAGCCAGAUGGGAGUAAAGGAUCAGAAGUGGGUAAUGCAGCAUCAUUGUUUUUUCUGCUCCUCCUUGAUUUAUUCCUGAUGAGCCGAUUGGAGUUUCUCAAACAUCGAGAAGUAGAAGGGAGAGUACUGAAGAUCAUUACAGAGAUUAAAGAAGCUCUGAGCAGUGGGCAGGGACUGUUGUGGAGUGACAAUAUGUACCCGGAUCUCUAUAUGCCUACGGCUCAAUCGUGGUCACUACACUGGGUUUACAGAGAUGGGCAGCUGGUGAACCUCCCAGUUAGCUUGUUGGUAGAGGGUGAUGUCAUUGCACUAAGGCCAGGGCAGGAAUCGUUUGCAUCUCUGCGAGGCCUGAAGGAUGACGAGCACAUAGUACUUGAGCCAGGAGAUCUCUUUCCCCCUUUUUCUCCACCGCCUUCCCCCCAAGGUGAGGGUAAGAAGGGUCCUCAUGAACCACAGCAACCCCACUUGUUUCGUGUCCUGAAGACCCCUGUGAUGGAUAAUGUGAGGAACUGGCUGGAUCAGGCUCUUUCUCGCCCUGUGACUGCUCUGGAUAAUGAACGUUUUACAGUUCAGUCAGUAAUGUUGUUGCAUGUUGUCCCCAGCAUUGUGGUUACCUUCCUGAUCACCAAUGGUUUACGCUUUAUCUUCCACGCACCUGGUACUCCCCCAGGGCCCUAUGCCCUACUGCAGCUGCAGGUGAAUGCACUGUUACCGGUGCUACCUCUGCUGUUCCCUGUGAUGUGGAUUCUGGUCACUGCUUUGGGAGAGGCUCGUGUCCUUGCGCAAAUGAGCAAGAUUCCCCCAAGCGCCCUGGUGGCCAAAUUUUCAGAGGAUACCCUCAGCAGCUACACUGAGACCGUCUCUGCUCAGGAAAUGAUGCGCUGUGUGCUUUAUCAUUUCCUGCGUAUCCUCCGAGGGAACUGUGACAACUUAGCCUUUACCUCUAGCUUGCUGCACGGUCUCGGAUCUGUCACAGUGCUUUGCUGUGUGGAUAAGCUGGGCAUUCUCUCAUGGCCUAACCCUAGUCCAGAGACUGUUCUGUUCUUCAGUGGGAGGGUGGAUCAAGCCUCAGAUAGACCCGAGGAUGCCACAGAACAGAUGUCCUUGCGCUCCUAUGGUCAGAUGGAUCUGGAGGAUGAGCCACAGGAGAUGGUUGCUCUGCUUGGAGACACAGAUACGGUGCAGCUGGUGAAUGAACAAGACAAUAGUGAUCGAAACGAUGACCCCACAAAACCUCCAGACACCCAGCGCAGGCCACCAAGCCGCAGUAAACAUGCCUCAGGGUCCAAUGUGAGCUUUAGUCAGGACACUGGAGGUCAGGCAAACAGCGAAGAAGACGAUUAUGUGUGCGACUGUCACUUAGAGAUGUUGCGUCUGUCACAAGAUCAGCAAAACCCACAGAGUAUCCAGUUUGAUGAGUCUAAUUGGCAGCUUCACCUUAGCUCCCUAAAACCGCUGGGACUCAACGUACUGCUGAACCUCUGUAACCCAGGAGUGACUGCCACGCUAUGCCGUUUUUCUGACCACUUGCAGCACAUUGCCCUUCAGGAAAGCAACUGCUCUGUGCUUCCAGGACAUAUCCCUUGGGGUCUAUGUGACUUCUCCCGACUGAUUGGAUUCACCCCUGGGGCCAAGGAAUUGUUUAAGUUGCAGAAUCAUGUAUCUAUCUAUCACCUCCCUAGUGAAGAUACAUCUAAGGAGACUCUACUCUCAAAGCUUCCAACCACUACCAAACGAAGACCCCCACUUAGUCAGAUGAUCAGCCUCUUUGUCAGAGAUAUCACAACAAACACAGAGCAGAUGCUGUCUCACGGAGCAGCUGACAUUAUUUUAGAGGCUUGCACAGAUUUCUGGGAUGGCGCAGACAUCUUCCCACUAGCUGGGUCUGACAGGAAGAAGGUGUUAGAUUUCUAUCAACGAGCCUGUCUGUCCGGUUACUGCUCUGCUUUCUCCUACAAACCCAUGCACUACUCCCUGUCCCCGCAACUCCAUGGGAAGUGCAUAGAGAUGUCUCAUACACCAGGGCAGGGUGCUAAUCCAACAAUCUGUGAAGUGAAUGGAAGCACCACUCUGAAGGCCACCUGCCGACAUGACAGCUGGAGCUCUGAUGAAGGUAUUGGGGAAGUGAUGGAAGAUUUAACCCAAGCUCUGAGCGGUCAGAUCUUCAUGGGGAUGGUGUCUUCACAGUACCAGGCUCGUCUGGACAUUGUGCGUCUUAUUGACGGGUUGGUGAAUGCCUGCAUUCGAUUUGUGUACUUUUCCAUGGAGGAUGAGUUAAGGAGCAAGGUCUUUGCAGAAAAGAUGGGUCUGGAAACCGGAUGGAACUGUCACAUAUCGCUGACACCCAACGGAGAUGGUCCUGGGUCAGAGAUUCCUCCUUCCAGCCCAAGCCAUGCUGGUUCUCUACGAGACGAUUUGCAACAAACUUCUCGAGAGGAUGCAGAAGGACUACUGCUGAUGGAUGAAGAGGGUCAUUCGGAUAUGAUUAGUUUCCAUCCCACAGACAGUGAUGUUCCCAGCUUCCUGGAAGACUCAAAUCGGGCAAAACUUCCCAGGGGUAUCCACCAAGUUAGGCCUCACCUGCAGAACAUCGAUAAUGUUCCACUGCUAGUUCCGCUCUUUACGGAUUGCACUCCUGACACUAUGUGUGAAAUGAUUCAGAUCAUGCAGGAAUAUGGGGAGGUGACCUGCUGUAUAGGGAGCUCUGCGAGUAUCAGGAACAGCGGUCUGUACUUACAGAGCGACAUCAGUCUCUCUUUAGAUCCCUUGUAUCCGUCUCGCUGUUCCUGGGAGACAUUUGGUUACAUGACGGGUCCCCUGAGGACAACUGCGCAGGAGCAGCUGUCGCCCCUGCAGCUUUCAGCAGCUUUUAACAGCCUGCCCUGUGCCAUGUCCUUUCGGCAGGAAGAGAGCGUGGGCAUCAUCAGACUUAUUGAACAGGCUCGUCACUCUACUUACUGUAUCAGGAAAUCCUUUCUGUUCUUGCUCCAGUGUCAGCUGAGCCUCGUCAUUGUCCAGUUUCUGGCCUGCGUGCUCCAACUGCCGCCCUUCCUCAGCACUACAGAUAUCUUGUGGCUCUCCUGCUUCUCGUACCCGCUGCUCAGCGUGUCUCUUCUAGGCAAAGCACCCGAUAACGCCAUAAUGACAGUAGCUACUGGAAAAAACCUGCAGUCUAUACCGAAAAAGACGCAGCAUUACUUCCUACUGUGCUUCCUCGUCAAGUUCCUCCCUUCCUGCACCUGCUGCCUGGCCUGCUUUUGGUUUUCACUGCAGAGAUUUUGCGAGAUUUCUGCUCAGAGCAAUUUCACUAACUGUUCUGGAAUUAUGGUUUAUAGUGACUCAGAUGGAGCACCAGAAUGGUUUGGCUUUCUUUCCAACGCUUUACUCUUAUCGCAGAAACUCUCUGCUUGUCUCAUAGUCAUUCACACGGUUUUUAUCUCCAUCAGUCAUGUCCAUCGUUCAAAGCCUUUGUGGAAGAGAAGCCCGUUCAACAACAGUUGGUGGAGCUUGACGGUCCCUGUACUGGUUCUGGCGCAAGCGUUGCAGACAUCUCUGGACCUGCAGCUCUGGACAAACUCUAACUCGCCUCUGAAAUUUCACUUAAGUGAUGUCCCCUUGGUGACGUGGCUUCUGGGGCUAUUGUCCCUUCUAAUUGUCCUUAUUAUCAAUGAGAUAGUCAAGCUGCAUGAGAUCAGAGUGCGAGUCCGAUACCAAAAGCGGCAGAAGUUACAGUUUGAAACCAAACUUGGUAUGAACUCUCCAUUCUGAUCUAGACACAAAGGAAGUGUUGUACCCGUCCUUACGUCUGUCCAGCCUCCGCUAAGGGGGGGGAGGCAGAGAGCUGGCUCUGUGUGAGAUCACGCUGCUGACACAGUCACCCUAAAAACAGCUUUCACCACCUGUGCCUCUGCAGUCGGAGAAGCCCCUUCCUGGUUAUCCUUUACUCAAAUCCCUCCUCUAGGCAGUAACGGAGGAGGCUGCAUGUACGCACACAUGCAUGGUUUAGCAAACAUUUACUGAGCAGCUUCAGCCAGUAGUGCAAAGCUGUGUUGAUUCGGUUUGUGUUUCGCAGGGUUCUACGCAUGGCUUACCACGAGGAGGUCUGCAGUUUUUUUUGUACCACUGUAUUGUGCCACCCUCUACAGCACUGAGCUGUGCGUGCAGCAUGAAGAGAGAAUGUGCUUUUUUUAAUGAUGUAUAUUUUCUAUAAAAAAAAGAAAAGUUUGUUGGCAACUAUGAUUUGUAUUAAAAUCUGUAAAUAAAAUGUAUAAUAUGUGA